AUGAAAGACGAUCCUGCCAAUACUGAGCAGGAACAUUCAGAAGUAAAAGAGACAGAAACAGAGCAAACAGAGACACCAAAAAGCCAACAACCUGAAGUGACAGAGAAAGUGACAGAAGAGGACACUUCUAGGGAAAAGACAGAAACAGAGCAAGAGAAAUGCGAGCUGAAAGACCCUGUUAAUGAAGGAACGGAGCAAAAGAGUGAUACAGCCUCUGAGGCAAAGAAAGAACCGAAUGUGAUCUUGAGGGCAAAUAAGGCUGCAAUGUGGACUCAUUCAGGUUUGGAUUCAGAGCUACGUCCUGAAUUUCCACCAGAUCACCUUCCCCUUUCUGUGCUACCUUACCCUAAUCGUAGAUUGUCUCUAGGGUUAGAUUGGGAGAGAGCUGGGUGGGAAGGGGAAAGUUUGGGCCAAGGUGGAUUCUGGUCCAGAGAGAGACGGUCUCUUGACGCUGAAAGAUGGGGUAUUGGUGGGGAGAGGUGGGGUUUAGACAAUGAUAGACAGGAAGGAGGUGGUGAAAAACGGGGUCUGGGGGGUUGGCGUGGGUGUGGGAUUGAUGGGCAAGGCACAGAUGAUUCAGACUGGGAGUUAGAUAAAAAUACCCAAGACACUGGUGACAAAGAGGCAGAUUCUGACACAAAACAAAAAACACUUAAGCAUGGACAGGGUCUCGGUGAAGAUCAGAGCAGUCUAGCCUCUAGCACUGACAAAGUGGAGCAUACACAAGUUGUUGCUGGCGAAGGCAUUGAUAAGGGCCGGAGUCAAGGUCCAGAUGAAGGUCAGGUUUCAAGUGUAGAUAGACGGAGCCGUGGACUUUCCCAAAGAAUAGAGGCUCUUUUUACAGCCCCGCCCGGGCAUGGCUCAGAGGAGAGACUUGCCCGCAUGAGGGAGGUGGACACUGUCUCACGAAUGAGACGCCUUAGCCUCCGUAGCUCAGACUCUUGGGAUGGACUGCAGGGAGUGGGAAGGUGGGGAGAUUGUGGAAGGGAGGAAGAAUGCCCCCUUCCUGAUUCACAGGAUUCUUCAAACAUCACAAAAUUAGAGGAUAAAGAAGGCAGCACCCUCCCUGCAGUCACCAGUGAACCUAAAGAAACAAAAGACCAGGCAACCCUAAAAGAGUCACAGGAGCCCAGCCAGGUGGAGAGGUCGUAGCUGAACCCUAGAGGUCAGAGGUCAUCCAACUAAGGGCCAGCCUCCAGCACUGUGACCUGGCUGUCUGCUAAAUGCCUUCAUCCUCAUAUGCUAUUGAAACAUCCUCAGACAUUGACACACACACAAACACACACAAAACAUUAGACAGUGAGCGAUGCGUCUCUCUCUAACACAUGUCUGUGCAUUAACAUACACAAACUGACACACAAACACUCAAAGUCAUCAUCAUGUAUACAGACACUCACGUGCAUUCAGAACACAUUUAAACACCUCACCACACUGAGACAUCUGAAAUGGCCUUCUACUCCGACAAGAGCAUUGUGUAUCAACUCCACUCCACGCCCACUCAGUUCCAGCUUUGCUGGCUUUCUAAGUGUUGCUGUUCCACUGCCAGAAGGAGGUUCCCAACUAUGCCCCUCCCCCUUCUUAUGUUACGGUUCUCAUCAUAGCCCAUUUCUCACCAAUCCUCACCAUUCUUCUUUCCUUGCAAUUUCCAUAAAAGAUUGGUUUAUUGGACCUUGUCUGGUGUGUUACUCAGCAACAAUGAAAAUGUUGUUGUGUGACCAAAAAACAAAACGAAAAAAACAAAACAAUCACCGUCUUUUGUAAAGAAAAAAGUAUUGACUGUUCAAAAAGUAUGACAGAACAAUCAGUGAAUUUUAAAACCAGCUACAAUCUCUUAUACCCAUUGCAAACAACCUACCAUCUUCACAACCAUUUCCUUCAUCGCGUCUUAGCAUGCUCCAUCAAUCUAUUUUUUCAAAGACCCAGUCUUAUCACUAACCCUUUACUACACUAACCUUGUGUACAUCUCAUUCAUUUUUUCGUCGUCUAGACAGUGUUAUCUCUGCGCACCAAUGUUUGCUAAUAACUUGCAAUAUAGCUAUUUGUUUAAGUCUUCAUCGCACUUACAAUAUCAUCCCACCAGUAUUAACAACGUCUUGUCUCUGUAUUCAAGGUCUUUUGCUACACUUCUUAAGUACUAUGACUACAACCACUCUUUAUUUAUUGAGUUAACAACACCCCCAACACCAACUCACUGGUAUCAUCCCACGCUAGAAUAUGUUUGUAUCUUAGCACUCUUGCUGAACUGCACUGCUUUAAUUUCUGACUUUAAAGGGUUAGUUCACCCAAAAAUUAAAAUUCAGUCAUUAAUUACUCACCCUCAUGUCGUUCCACACCUGUAAGACCUUCGUUCAUCUUCGGAACACAAAUAUUUUUGAUGAAAUCCGAUGGCUCAGUGAGGCCUGCAUCGCCAGCAAUAACACUCCCUUUUUCAAUACCCAGAAAGCUACUGAAAACAUAUUUAACCACUGAUUCGAAACAAAUGAUUCGUAAAGCUUCAUUAAGCAGUGUUUUGAAAUUGCCCAUCACUAGAUAUUGUUGAAUAAAGUCGCUAUUUUGUUAUUUUUGGCACACAAAAAGUAUUCUUGUCAUUUCAUAACAUUAAGGUUGAAUCACUGUAGUCACAUGAACUGUUUUAAAUAUGUUUUUAGUAGCUUUCUGGGCAUUAAAAAAGGGAGUGUUAUUGAUGGCGAUGCAGGCCUUACUGAGCCAUCGAACUUAAUCAAAAAUAUCUUAAUUUGUGUUCCGAAGAUGAACGAAGGUCUUACGGGUGUGGAAUGACAUGAGUAAUGGUUGGUGAGUAAUUAAUGACAGAAUUUUCACUUUUGGGUGAACUAACCCUUUAAGCAAACCACAUCAUAAUACCAUGUCCUAACCAGGUGCGUUUACAGUGUAAUUGUAUUUUUUAUUUUUUUCAUAUUCACCCCAAAUCAAAUAAAAAAUAUUUUAGAUUUAAGGAACUAUAAUGAAAAUGAAGACUAUUUUUUUCUCAGUAUCCCAAUGUAAUCACAUUCUUAAUAUGUUCAGUGAAAAUAUGCUGAAAUUUUUUUAAUACAAUUAUAUAUGAAAUAGUAAAUGGUAGUAUUUGUCGGACUGCCUUUAUGUUGAUUUUAAUAUAUAUAUAUAUAUAUAUAUAUAUAUAUAUAUAUAUAUAAUAUAUUAAAUAUAUAAAACAUCUUAUGGUCCUGAAAAUAUAGGCUUCAUUUUCUUUAUGCGAUAAGUUAUUCUUUAUUUUCGGAUGAAAUAUGAACCCGGCAUUUCACAUCCCAUCUGGUUGGAACAUGGUUUAAUAACUCUUCCCAUGCAUGAUGUUCCUCGACCCAUUUAAAACUUCACAAAUUCAUCAGUCCAUCAUGAAAACAGUCCAUGGGGGCAGCCUCUACCCAUCCUCCCCAGUUAGUCUUCGUCCCGCCAGCCUUUCCUCUGUUGACAUCCUGGAACUCUCUUGUCGUUUGUUGGAACAUGUGGUCCGUUUGUGGAGUGCUUUCAAGGGGUGUGGUCACCCCUCUGUCCAAUGUGGUUCUGUCUGAGCAGACAUGAAUGUUUUGUAAACGCUUUUUAAAUUUUGGUAUAUAUUGUUUUUUUGACUUUACCAAAACCAGUAUGGCAGUUUUACGAGAACUGUUCUAUUUAUUCAUCCUUUCUUUUUCUUUUUUUUUCAUGUUUAUGUGUCACCUGAGCUGUUCUGCUCCAAAUCAGGAGUUUCACACGAGUUGGUAGAAGACGCUCAAUGGCUCUGAACUGUUUUCAUUUUCCGACGAAUCGAUCAAAGAAACCGUAUCGCUCUUGGUUCGAACCCAUAGUGCCCUAUUACCAGAACUUUUCAGCACACUGUAACGUAUGUCCCUGAGUGUGGAGAGCUUUGUACAGUAACGAUUAAAAACCAGUGAUGUAUUGCAGGUCAAACGGAGACCUGGGUUGGAUGAGCGUUUCAGUAUUUGAUGUAUCAACUUUAAAAGCACCUUGUUAACAUAUUUUUAUCGUGAUUGGAUUCAAAGAGAAUUUUUAGCUAUCGAGUGGCCUUUUUGAAACACACCAGUAACGAUAAGCCUAAGGAGUUACUUUGAAACACCACCAAAAUGUUUGAUAUCUCAAGUGUCGAAAUGUGCAUCAUGUUUUGAAUGUUUGUCUGAUAUAUCAAAUACCUUAAAUGAUGACCCAGGUUUCACGCAGGUGCGACUUCGAAUUAGGGAACUAUUUUCAGGCGAUGUAGACUUUAAAAACAGGGUCCAAAUGCGAACACAAAGACACACGUUAGAUACUGUAAUGUUUCGUGUCUAUACCCUAAACCCCCAGGUAACUUCGGGAAGCAAUAAAUGCUCACGAGUGUUUCGAUGAACAAGCUAAAUGUGUACAGAUAAUUUUAAUGGUUAAACGUAGAUGGUUGCAAAGUAGAGGACAGCUCUAGAUAUGUAAUGAUUUGGAUUAGUUUAGGUGAAAGAUACUCUAUGGUAAUGUGUGAUAUGUAUGGAACAAUUUUAGGAAAACUUCUAAGAUACCAUAUACUAUGGAAUGGAGAGAUGUGAUACUUUCAGACAUCAUAAUGCAUGAAAGCUUGAGCAAUAUUGUCCAACACAAAAGCUCUUUGGCUGUAGAAAAUCUGGGAAGCGGGAUGUACUUGUGUUAAAGUGUCAUCUAUCCAAAUGUCACUCACAGAAAAGCGUUUAAAGUUGCGUGUGGAAGAGUGUGCGCGCGCGUGCAUGUGUGUGUGUGUGUGUGUGCGCUUGCUUUUUCCCUGUCAUAGUGCCAUUCAUGUGAUUUAAAAAAAAAAAAAAAUGCAUUUCACUGAAUACUUAUUUUUGUUAUCAUUGAAAUUGUUAACCAGUCUGCAUAAUGUAUAAAAUAAAAGUAUAUUUUAAAUAUUUUAAAAGAUAUUUUGUAUUUAACCAUAAUAAUUAAUUUCUUCGCUCUUGGAUCAAGUUGGCAGUAUUAUGUUGCUGUAUAGAAUGAUAAGAAAAUUAUAUAAUUUUCUAGUGCUUAAAGAAAAAAAAUAAUAAUCGAUGGGCAAAUUUAACCAAGAGAAUGACACCUGCAGCAUGUCCCAUUUUGGCUUCUUGAUUUUUAGGGGCUCUCGUUGUGAACAUUGGACAUGAAUUACAGGAUUUUGCUUUUUGAGUUUGUAGUAAAGGCUGCAGUAAAGUGAAAAAGGCCCACGGCUGAUAUUUGAUGCUUUGUAUAGUUGUAAUGUUCAGUCAGUUUAUAUAAACAUCAAUAAAUUUAGUGCAUCCAUUCACAGCUGCCUAGAAACUUGUUACAGCAAAGUGCAUACAGCGAGGAAAUUGCAACAUUAAAAGUGACUUUGUUUGAUCUUGAUUCCGUUCAAAGCUAAAUGUGGCCUUAUUUUAUUUGAGCAUUUGUACGUCUUCCAUUCAGAAUCAUGUACUGUUAUCAUCAUGAGCUCGUACCUACGGUUUUCUAUAAAGAAAUGAUAAAUGAAUUAAUAAGUAAACAGUCUUUAGAUCACACAGCCAAAUAUUUCUUUCUUUCUUUGCAAGUACGAUAAGCUAACGUUUGGAUCGAAAGUAAGAUGUGUAGCACACUGACAGGAUCUUUUCCCUAUUUCACUGAAAAAGGCCAUAACUGUUAUAUGAUUUCAAGCUGUUUUCAUGAACUAUGUAGCAUUUUUGCCAUUGUAGCAUUCAGAGUAUGUGAAAAAGCCACUGAAUCGUACUGUUUUUCUUUUCAUUUGUAACGGGAGUCGUAAUGAUAACACUGUCUGUUUUGAAAACACAAGCUGUUGCAUUUUCAUGCCAAGAGUGUCAUGGGUUACAUUUUUAAUGCUUUUUUUUUAUUUAUUAUUUUUUAUCAUUGGACAUUUCUGGAUAUCAUGGUUUGCAUUUGCAUACAUAAUUUUUUGGUUCCAUGUUUGUAAAUGUUUUAGGCAUUUGAAAUGUAAAUAUGUGACAUAAGGAUAAAAAAAAAAAUCAAAUUUAAUAAACAUUUUCUACAAUUUAA